UAUAUAUACACACAACAUAUACACCCUCCAAACUCUGCCCAUGUGUUCUUAAUUUUUUUUUUUGGUCCCCCUUUUAUAUUUUUAUUCAAUUUGAUUCCCAGUGUAAGAGUGGGGGAAUUUUAGUAUAGUAUACUCUCACUGUUUAAUAGAUAUCAUUUUUCUUGAAUAAUGGCUAAAGGUCGGAAAUUGACGACGAGUCGGAGCGAGCGAUUUCUCGGUAGCUAUACCUACAAUCAUAACCAAGGCUCCACCGGGAGUGACUCGUCGGAACUGGGCGAAGAGGAUGUUUGGCCGAUGGUGGAUAGCGUGGAGACGGAAAGGGAGGAAUUCAGCGAAGAGAAUUCGUUGGCCGGCUACGACGGCGGAGGGAUUAAUAUCAGUCACGGAGGAAUUCCGGUAAGACGAGGGAGUGGGGUUCCUGGGGAUACACGUGAGCGACACGUUGGGGGGCUGUCGCUGGCAUUUGAAGACCCGAGUAGGAAGACGUCCGCAAGAAUCGUGCAUCAGUUUCGAGGGAACGACACGGUGGCGUCUCCACGAGGGCGGCAGAUGGCUACAUCAGCGCCCGUGAACGUGCCAGAUUGGAGCAAAAUUCUCCGAGUGGACUCGGUGGAUUCUCUUCAAGAGUUCGACGAGCCAUUGGAUGACCCUGAGUCGGAGAUCGUUCCACCACAUGAGUACUUAGCAAGAAGUCGAAAAAAGAACGCGACUUCGGUUUUCGUCGGCGUCGGCCGGACUCUCAAGGGCCGGGACUUGAGACGUGUCCGUGAUGCGGUUUGGAUGCAAACCGGGUUCGAUGGAUAAAACUUAAAAAAAAGAAAAGAAAAAAGAAGCUUGUUAGGGAGGGAGAUUCCUGAUUAUUAAAUCUAGACAUGAAGAUGAACGAAGAAUAUAAUCAAUAUUGUGAAAAUGGGAUGAAUUCAUUUUUUUUGCCCUUGAGCCGCAGUUGACCCGGAUUAGUCGGGUAAACCCUGUGGCAACUCAUCAUCCCAGAUUCGUAAGUAUGGUAAAAGAAAUUUUUAUCCGAUUCAAGUAAUUACCCGACCAGUAACUAGAAUGGAAUUUGAAAAACAACCCAUCUGUUUUCACUCUGUUUCUGUUCUUAUGAGUCUCCCAUUUUGGUAGUUUUCGUUACGGCUUUUCAGUACAGGAUUUCUUCUCUUCCAUUAAAAUUUUGUCAACGGCUCUGUAUACAAAUUGGGAUAGUUUCUUUUUAAAAAUUUUAAAAUGUUAAAUGUUAGUGUUGUCGUUUUGAGAAAAUGAUGAAGCCUCAUUGUCAAGAUCCCAUUAGCAAGUAACAAGCUAAACAGUUGGAAUUGGUGCAAGUGGAUGGAAAGCAAUGAAACAGUAGAUAGGAGCUUGGGAAAUGCAGUAAAGUUAAUAGGCAAGGGCUUGGAAUUGAAGUUAGCAUUUAAACAAAUUACUUAAAAACACAGUAUAUUUAAGCAGGAAAAUUUGAUUUAGCAAGAAAUCCUUUGA